AUGCAGUUCCACGCCCUCACCGCCUUCCUGGUUAUUUCAUCGGUCGCGGGCCUAGCUGUACCCCGGGACCGAAGUGUCUCCAACACAGACGUUGAAGACCCCAUCAAGACGACAUGGGCAGGCGUGAAGACCACGACCGUAUACCCCGGGGCAACCCCCCCAGAACAAUCGGUGCCUAACCCGAAUCCAUCAUUCAUUGACGAAGACGCAGCACUCCGGCGUGCGGGCCUGGUCCUCGCAAGGCGUGGCGUGUCUACAGCACGGCGGCGACGCGCACAAUAA